AUGGAAGAGCUCGGAAUUCAAAGUGCAGGAGAGACCCUUGUAGAAGAAAAAAAUUCAAUCAAGUCUUAUGGCGCCCUUAUCUCACAGUUAAGUAAUAAUAAUGUCAGUAAUACCAAUAACACUAGUUCCGAUAUAUAUUUGAAGUUGAAAAGACUCGAGAAGGAGUAUGAACUGCUUACUUUGCAAGGCGAAUAUAUUAAGGAUGAGCAACGUCAUUUGAAGCGUGAGUUAUUGAGAGCCCAAGAGGAGGUUAAAAGGAUCCAAAGUGUACCACUAGUGAUUGGGCAGUUUCUGGAGCCUAUUGACCAGAACACAGGUAUCGUGUCGAGUACGACGGGUAUGAGUUAUGUGGUGAGAAUACUUUCCACCUUAGACCGUGAAUUGUUGAAACCAUCCAUGUCAGUGGCACUUCACCGCCAUUCGAACGCAUUAGUUGAUAUUCUACCACCAGAUUCCGAUUCUAGCAUCUCCAUUAUGGGGCAAAACGAGAAGCCUGAUGUCACAUAUGCGGACGUUGGUGGUCUCGAUAUGCAAAAGCAAGAAAUUAGGGAGGCAGUUGAGUUACCUCUUACUCAAGCAGACUUAUACCAGCAGAUUGGUAUCGAUCCGCCAAGAGGUGUUUUAUUAUAUGGUCCACCAGGUACAGGUAAAACAAUGCUUGUAAAAGCAGUUGCAAAUAGUACGAAAGCAUCUUUCAUCAGGGUUAAUGGUUCUGAAUUUGUACACAAAUACCUGGGAGAAGGUCCCAGAAUGGUAAGAGACGUUUUCAGAUUAGCAAGGGAGAAUUCACCCUCCAUAAUCUUCAUCGACGAAGUCGACUCCAUUGCUACUAAACGUUUCGAUGCUCAGACUGGUUCCGAUAGGGAAGUUCAACGUAUUUUGAUCGAGCUGUUAACUCAGAUGGACGGUUUUGACCAGUCGACGAACGUAAAAGUUAUCAUGGCCACCAAUAGAGCUGAUACACUAGACCCAGCAUUAUUAAGACCAGGUAGAUUGGAUAGAAAAAUAGAAUUUCCAUCACUACGUGAUAGGCGUGAACGUCGUCUAAUCUUUGGUACAAUUGCAGCAAAGAUGUCGCUAGCGCCAGAAGCCGAUUUAGAUUCAUUAAUUAUAAGAAACGAUUCUUUAUCAGGUGCGGUGAUCGCUGCUAUUAUGCAGGAAGCGGGCCUAAGGGCUGUAAGGAAAAACAGAUAUGUCAUUCUGCAAAGUGAUCUGGAAGAAGCAUAUGCCUCCCAAGUGAAAACGGAUAGCGAUGUCGAUAAGUUCGAUUUCUACAAAUAA